AUGCCACGGAAAGGCAAUAAACAAUGGCAGCACCCAGCAGACGCCUUGCUGAGUGGGCACAUCCUGUAUACAGUUAAGUUUCUUGGUGAGUGUGUAGUGGAUCAACCAAAAGGAACACAAGUGGUCAAGGAUGCCAUCAGAAAGAUGAAGUUUACCAAGCACAUCAGAAGAGCAGAAGGACAGAAACCACCGAAAGUAGAGCUGACGAUUUCAGCAGAUGCUGUGACCAUUUUGGACCCCAAAACAAAACUUAUUCUGCAUCAGUAUCCACUCCAUCGCAUAUCAUACUGUGCGGACGACAAGUCAGACAAGAGGAUGUUUACAUUCAUUGCAAAGGAGGCCAGUGGGAAUCAACACUUUUGCUACGUAUUUGACAGUGAGAAAUGUGCUGAAGAAAUCACACUCACAAUCGGUCAAGCAUUUGAUCUUGCAUACAAACGAUUUCUAGAGACAUCUGCUUCGGAUGGUGACAUAAGAAAGCAAUUUGCACUACUACAGAAAAGGGUUCAGACUCUUCAGUUUGAGAAUGACACACUUCGUAAGAGAGUGUCAGAGCUGGAGAAAUUGAAAGACAGAUCAGAAAUAGAGGAGUACAGAAAAGUCAACCAG